UUUUUGUCUUAGAACAUGUCGACACUAUUAAAACUCUUCUCUGUGCCUGUGUUUUUGUAUAUCAUUCUCCCCCCUAAAAUGAAGCACAUACAUUUCCUCUUUCAUUUUUACUGUAGGCGUGACUUUAGAUCCUGUCUACUCUCACCCACUUUCCUGUUAAAGUAUAUCUGUGGGUAAACUACACAUCCCGGACUGUUCCUGUUGUUGACCUCUCUGGUCUGCAUCUGUGCGAACUGAGCUGGAGAUCGAUUAGGCCUGAACUAGAGGCAGUGUGCUUUUGUUAGACCAGAGGAAGAGGGAGCUAGAGACUUUUUAUAAAGAAGACUGCACACAGAAGGGGGGCGAGAAUUGAACAUAUCUGUCUGCAGCGGGGUCUUCACUAAGAGCUCCGAGAAGAGCCAAGCACUGGGAUUGGGUAGCGACCAGAUAUCGUAACACCCCCCUCCUCCUCUCUGUUGAGAAUUGCGUUGAAACGAAAAGGCCUGCGCUUUAUCAAUAUUAUAGGAUUAUUCUUUGAUUUUUUUUUUAUUUUUCCCCUGUAGAUUAAACGAGGAAACGCUGCAGGUUGGUGUUUAGAAUGGGACACGCUGAAGGUCCAGUCAAAGAAAAAGACAGUUAAGGAUGCAGGAGCCCAACAAUGGAUUUCUCCUUCUCUUUCAUGCAAGGGAUCAUGGGAAAUACAAUUCAGCAACCCCCUCAGCUAAUUGACUCAGCCAACAUCAGACAGGAAGGCACCUGCGACACCGGCAGUGACCCGGGCGAGGAUGGUGGUCCCUCCUACGAUGCUUCCCUGGAUGCAGAGUUCUCCUACCCGCCGUCAGCCUCGGAGGAUAUGCAGCAGGUCUCUAACGGUUUCCCACCCAGCCUGGGCAUAUACGAGCCACAGGCUAAGUUUUCCAUGUACUCACAGUUCCCCAAUGGCUCGGCUAAUGGUUACGGGGCCAUACGGAGCUACGGAGAUAACAGUCUCAUGUCGGGGGAGGGGACAGUUUUGAGAGGCCCUGGUUUGCAGGAGAGACCUUUAUCUCCUGUGUCUCCCCCACUGCCCACACAUCACCCACAUCUCCACCAUCACCACCAUCAUCACCCCCAUCACCCCCAUCACCACCACCACGUGCACCACUUUCACUCAAACCCACCUCACAUACAAACCCACUCGCACCCACAGAGUCCACUGCCGCCUUCCCAGCACCACCUGCCCCAGACACCUCACAUCAUGACCCACACUCUACCCCCUCCUCCUCCAUUACACCUGCCUUCCUCCAGUCCUCCUCCUUCCCUUGUGGACAGUACCCCCUCCUCUCAAUCCUCCAACGCCCCGUCCAUCACUCCUGGAGGGGUGCUGAAGAAAACCAGCUCCCCAGAAAUCAAGCUGAAGAUCAUAAAGACUUAUCAGAAUGGAAAAGAGCUGUUUGAAUCUGCGCUAUGUGGAGACCUGCUACAAGAACUGCAGAAGGAGUCUCAGAAGAGUGAGGUCACUCAGAUGCAGCGCAGACAUGAGAGGAAAAAGGAAAAGAGGAAAAAGAGCGCAAGGCUGCAGCAGCAGGUCCAGGAUCAGAGUCUGGACCAGAGCCAAACACAGGCAGGUACCACAAGCCAGACAGAGGACGCCCACGUCCAGCCCCGGCUGAGAGAACCAUCACCGGCCCAGACAGAGAAGCCUCAGAAGACUGUUAUCAAAACUGAACCAAAGAUGCCGAAGGUUCCGAAGGUCCAUCAUCCAUCAGUGAUCCAGGAGACGGGCUUUUGUAAGGAGUUUGUGAUAGGAGAUCUGGUGUGGUCCAAGGUGGGCACCUACCCCUGGUGGCCCUGCAUGGUCUCCUCUGACCCACAGAUGAAGGUCCACACUCGCAUCAACACCAGAGGUCACAGGGAGUAUCAUGUCCAGUUCUUUGGCAGCGUGGCUGAGCGAGCAUGGAUCCAUGAGAAGAGGAUAGUCAUGUACCAGGGGAAGCAACAGUUCGAUGAACUUCAGGCUGAGACUCUGCGCAAGACCACAAACCCUGUAGAGAGACACAAACUCCUGAAACCCAUCCCUCAGCGGGAGCGUUCUCAGUGGGAGGUGGGUGUGGGCCACGCCGAGGAUGCCUUUGUGAUGACACGGCAGGAGCGAAUUGACAACUACACCUUCAUCUAUGUUGACCCAGACCCUACUGAGGCCCCGCCCAGCAAGAAGCCCAACAUCAGAGCUGAGAAACGAAAUCGGCGCUCCAGCGGCUCAGUCAGUAAGAAGGAAGACAGAGGAGUGAAGUCACCAGACAGAGAGCAGCCACUGCGAAGGCUGCUGCCACGCAGACAGUGUAGUGUUUCAAACACAGAAGAUAGCACAAACCUCCAGGCCUCAAAUGAAGAGAAGAACCAGAGGGGAGACCAGCGUAGGAUCAGCUCUCCAAAAGUGAAUGCCGGCUGUGAUGCACGAGCACGGCAGGACUCGCCACCACCAGUCAAGCCCUGGAAAACAGCAGCCGCCAGAAAGCUGCUGCCUCUCUCCAUCACGAUGAAGAGGCUAAAUGUGGAGAUCACAAAGUGUGACUGGCCUCUCUUGCAGAAAAAAGCUGCUCCCUCUCCAAAAAAAGACAAAGAAGAGAAGGAGGAGCGAGUGGAGAGAGAGGCCAGGCAGCCAGACCUGGGCUACUGCUCGCCUGAGAGAGGCUCCCCCGCCAGUCGGAGGAGUGAGGAAGGUUCUCAGGAGAGGAAGCUACAGCGGCGGUCAGUCAGGAGCAGGUCGGAGUCAGAGAGAGGCAGCGAUCCUGUCCCUAAGAAGAAAACCAAAAAGGAACAGGUGGAGAUGGCUCCUGAGACCACAAUGAGGACAGGUUCACAAAAAGGAGCCAGUGAGAUCUCAGAUGCCUGCAAGCCCCUGAAGAAGCGAAGCAGAGCAUCUACAGAUGUGGAGUUGGCUUCUUCUCAGUACAGAGACACCUCUGAUUCGGACUCUAGAGGCCUCAGUGAUCCACAGGGUUUAUUUGGGAAGAGUCUUGAUAGUCCAGCAGCAGCAGAUGCAGAUGCUUCAGAUACUCAGUCUGUGGACUCCGGUUUGUCCCGUCAGGACAGCAGCACUGGCAAGAGAGACACUGUCUGUCAGGUCUGCGAGGUGUAUGGAGAGGGUUUGGUGGUAUGUGAAGGGGACUGCAACAGACAAUUUCACCUGGAGUGUCUUGGUCUGACAUCCCUACCUGAAGGCAGAUUUAUCUGCUUGGAAUGUAGAAAUGGCAAUCAUCCUUGUUUUAGCUGUAAAACAGUGGGACCGGAGGUGACACGCUGCUCUGUGUCAGGAUGUGGCUGUUACUACCACGAGGAUUGUGCCCGCAAACUCCCGGGCACCACCAGCACUCCAGGCGGAGGCUUCUGCUGCCCCCAGCACAGCUGCUCUACCUGUUGCCUGGAGAGAGACCUGCAACGUGCCAGUAAAGGCCGUCUGAUGCGCUGUAUUCGUUGUCCAGUGGCCUAUCACACAGGAGACAGUUGCGUGGCGGCAGGCAGCGUCGUCCUCACCCAUCAUAUCAUGAUCUGCAGCAACCACGGCAGCGCCAAGAGAAAUGGCCUCCUCACUUCCCCCAUCAACGUGGGCUGGUGCUUCCUGUGUGCCAGAGGGCUGUUAGUGCAAGACCUUACUGACACCAUAUUAAGUUCAUAUGCCUAUAAGUCCCACUACCUUCUGACUGAGUCAAAUCGUGCUGAGUUGAAAUUACCUAUGAUUCCCUCUCCUUCGUCAGCUACCAAAAAGAAUGUUGGGAAAGGAGGCAAGUUGCUCUGCUGUGACUCAUGCCCAGCUUCCUUCCACCCGGAGUGUCUGGAGAUGGAGAUGCCAGAGGGUGCGUGGUCCUGCAGCGAUUGCAGGGCAGGGAAGAAACCUCACUACAAACAGAUUGUCUGGGUCAAACUUGGCAACUACAGGUGGUGGCCGGCGGAGAUCUGUAAUCCUCGCUUGGUGCCAUCAAACAUUCAGAGCCUUCGCCACGACAUCGGUGAUUUCCCUGUGUUCUUCUUUGGCUCCCAUGACUACUACUGGAUUAACCAGGGCCGAGUCUUCCCCUACGUGGAGAAUGACAAGAACUUUGUCACGGGUCAGAUCAACAUCAACAAAACCUUCAAGAAAGCUCUGGAAGAAGCAGCCCGGCGGUUUCAGGAGCUUAAGGCACAGAGGGAGAGCAGGGAGGCUUUAGAGCAGGAACGCAACUCUCGCAAACCUCCACCCUACAAAUUCAUCAAGUCCAACAAACCAGUGGGGAAAGUACAGAUACAUGUAGCUGACUUGUCAGAAAUCCCACGAUGCAACUGCAGACCAACAGAUGAGCAUCCUUGCAGCAUUGACUCCCAGUGUCUCAACCGCAUGCUGCAGUAUGAGUGUCAUCCACAGGUGUGUCCUGCAGGAGAUAGCUGUGAGAACCAGUGUUUCACCAAGCGGCUGUAUGCAGAGACAGAAGUGUUUAAGACAGAAGGUCGUGGCUGGGGCCUCAGGACCAACCAGGCUCUCAGGAAGGGUGACUUUGUGAAAGAGUACGUGGGAGAGGUGAUAGACUCUGAGGAGUGCCAGCAGCGAAUCAAGCGUGCCCAUGAAAAUCAUGUGACCAACUUCUACAUGCUCACCCUCACCAAGGAUCGUGUGAUAGACGCCGGCCCAAAAGGAAACUCAUCUCGGUUUAUGAACCACAGCUGCAGUCCAAACUGUGAAACCCAAAAGUGGACGGUAAAUGGAGACGUGCGCAUCGGACUCUUCGCCCUCUGUGACAUUGAUGCUGGCACAGAGCUGACGUUCAAUUACAACCUGCACUGUGUGGGCAACAGGAGAACAUCCUGCCACUGUGGCUCAGACAAUUGCUCUGGUUUCCUCGGGGUCCAGCCAACGAGUGCUGUGGUGAUGGAGAAAGAGGAGAAGGCCAGGAACGCCAAACUGAAGCCGAAGAAGCGGAAGCUGCGGCCGGAGAGCAAACACACACACGAAUACUUUUGUUUUUACUGUGGAGAAGGAGGAGAGCUGGUGAUGUGCGACAGGAAGGACUGUCCUAAAGCAUACCACCUGCUGUGUCUCAACCUCGCCAAACCGCCGUACGGACGUUGGGAAUGUCCAUGGCAUGACUGCAGUGUUUGUGGUGCUCCAGCCUCAUCUCUCUGUGACUUCUGCCCUCGUUCGUUCUGCCCAGAUCACGAGGCAGGGGCUCUCACCGCCUCCUCCCUAGAAGGCCGCCCUUGUUGCUCCAGUCACAACCCCCUCAGUCCCCUGGGUACCAACUCCAACACAACCCAGCUGCUCUGCUCUGCUCUGAGCCCUGUGAAGGUCAAAGAGGAGCCUGAGGCAGAGCUGGGGCAGCAGGACACAGAGUGACACUGCAGCUCCCUCAAUACCUCAUUCCCUAUAAAGUGCACUCCUGUUGGCCCGUUGGGCUGUGAUCCACUUCGGAUCGGAAGCAGUGCACUACAAAAGGGAAUACAGUGCGUUGUGACCAGUGCGAUGGUCGCUGUUCAGAGCUGGGACACAUCGAUGAACACUGCAGAGCGACUUGAGUGUGGGCAGGGGAAAUGACCAGGCGUCACUGUGCGCCAUUUUCCCUCCCCUCCUGCCAUAAAACACCACCACUAACGUGCUCUACUGAUCGCCUGCGCCUGUCGGAGGGCCCGGACCACCACCUCAUUAUGUUUGGUUUUUUACUUCUGUGGAAAUUUUACAUAUUGUCACGUCGUCAGUUACUGGCACUUUGAAGAACUCAGCAUGGUGGAGGGAGAGGUAUGGAGGAGGAGGAGGAGGAAAUGUAAAGCUCAACCUCUCCACCACCAUGCUGCUCCUCUCCUUGUUUACCUGCUGUAAGCUGCGGUUGGCAUCUUAAACAAAGGAAGGCGUUACGGAGACGAGCCAGCCUUUCUCCAUCACUCCUGACGUGAUCCAUCAUCAUAUUUAUAUCUUGUUUUUGGAGAAAAGGAGGGAAAUAAUGAUUUGUGCAAUUUUUUUCAGGACCACACUACAUUCCAACCUUCCUUAAACAUGGUUUUAAUAUACUUAUGGGUAUAGAUGAAUAUAAUUAUAUACAGUAUCUAUGUUUGUUAAUGUUUACAGACAGAUUCUCUCACUUCAUCUCAGUGAGUGGUGUAUUAUGUUUGUUUGUUUAGGUGUUAAGCAUUACGCAGACCUCCUUGUGAAAAUAGUCCUAUUAAGGUGAAAUAUAAUGGUAUAUAGUGUAAUGGUAUGACAUUACAGAAGUACUUGUGAUUUUCAUAUUACCAGUCACUCACCAUUGUGUACAUACUGUAAUUGGCUCAUAAUAUUGUAAAGUACUUAAAGAUCAGGAAGGACGGAGCUUUGCCUCUCUGGUUGUUCCUGGAGGAAGGACAUGCUUUUUUAAACAAAAAGAUCCUUUUUAUUUUCUUUUUCAAGAAAAGUUCUGUUCUCACAUUUCCUCCAAACAGUUACUGUAUUGUAGAUGGAGGGGCCCAGCUUGUGAUCACUGGUGCUGUCUUAAAGUAUUGUUAACCAGCCUUAAGUUUGAUUCUGGCUAUAGUAACUACUGCCCAGAUGGAGUUCAUUUUUUGUAAUGUUGUGUACUGUGACCGCUUUGAUGCCUUUUUUUUUUGUUUGUUUGUUUUGCCAGACUUUUCUGAAAAGCACUUUCACACUGCUUCUCGCUACACGACUUAGCUAGGCCAUACAUAUACAGAAAUGUAUAUUAAAAGAACAUAUGACAAGUGUUUCAAAAUCGAUACCUCUUCUUUGUGUAGUAACGUCGGAAUUUAAACUGUGUUGUAACUUUUUUCCUCCCGCUCAGAAUGUGGUGAGCGCUGGACGUGGCUUUUUGAGGAAAGUGGCCUAAAAAGUUCUUUUUUUUUUUUUUUUUUUUUUUUUUUUUUUUUUUUUUGGUAGGAGGAGUGACUGUAGGUAUGGCUUCCUACAAACUAUUUCUCUGUGUCCUCAGGAGACACUUCUUCAUUUUCCACCUGAAGAACAUCCUUGAGGCUGGGUUUUAUAUAAAGACAGAAUAGCAUAACAGUCCAGUCCAGUAUAAUGUACAAAUACAAACUUCUGUACAGUGUUUUUAAUCGCUCAUCUGUCAAAUCCAGAUUUUUUGUAUUUCUUGCACCACAUUUUAUAACAGUUUCUUUUUCAAACACCAGUGCAGUAAUUUGUCUCCCCUCCACCACGAUGUAAGAGAAAUAGAUUAUUUAAAAAACACAGGGAGUUUUACAUGAUAUAUCUGUCUAGUUAUUGCAUAGGUUUUGUGGGCUAUUUUUUUUUUUGUUUGUUUGUUUUUACAUUUGGUGUAAUGAUUCCACAUUUGGUAACAGCAGCUGCUCCUUGACCUUUAGUGUGAGUCACUGGAAUUGGCGUUAAAAGCAGUGGCAAGCCGUUGAAUAUUGGGAUGUAAAGCUUCAGUUUCAGUUGGACUCAAAGUGCUCACGACAGGAUGAUGUUUUUCUAUAAUUAUGCCUCGGCCUUUCGCUUGUAAUUCUUCCCUGUUUGUUUGCGUUGUGUGCCCUUAAAAAUAUGUUUUUCUUUAAAAAGCUGUAGUAGUUGGUUGAUGGUAGUGGUCGAAUGCAGAGAGUAGGUCCGCUCGGCUGCCAGUUUAUUAGGAACAACUGGUUAAUUCAGAGAGGUUCUGAUUCAACUGUAUGAUCAUUUUGGAGGCUGUAGUUUGUACUGCUGUAGAAUUGUAUGGUGUUAUAUUUAUGUCUGUUAUUCUCAUUUAUAUCAGUGAGGCUAGGCUAACAGUACAGCUCACUAGCAGCACAAAUUACAUCUUCCAAAUUGAACACAUUUUUCUAAAUCAAAAAAAGGAACUAUCACCUUUGUGAAGUGAGGGUUUAUUGAAAAGUUGUUGUAUUAUAGUGCAUUAGGUUUGACUAGGUGCACCUAAUAAACUGGCAGCUGAGUGUAAAUCAUGAGGGGAAAAAGCCUAAGGAAAGAGCAGGAGAAGGGCAGUCAUUGAAUGCAGAAAAGUAGAAAAUUUCAGAUGUUUUAAGAGAAAAAUACUUUGCUUGGGAAAAAUAUUUGCAUUUGAUGCUUUUUCCACAAAAAGUUAAAUAGUAUUUAAAAUUACAUCUGUUCCUUCUCCCUCACUGACAGGCCAGACCCUAUAAAUAAUGCGAAUAAUCUUUGAUUCAAAAGCAUAACUGUUGGCCGUGUCUCCUGCGUUUCUGUGUGCUUCAGUUUUAAGGUUCCACAUCAUAAGUUGUAACUCGUUGCAAAGUCACAAAACCAUCUUUUGUAUUCGUGUCUUAAAUUCAGAUUUAAAUUGAGAACAGAGAAUUUUUUUUCCCUCUUCAGUAGAUUCAUUUAAAAACACCCCUCCUGUGUCAAACUUUGCGUUUACAUCCUUAUACACAGUGAAGGUCGAACACUGAAGUAAAACAACAAUAACCAUAACAAAUUAUUGAGUAGAUGGAGCCUUUACUAUGGUAAAUUUUUGCACAAAUACCGUUGCAAUAAGAACACAGAAAAAGGCUUGAAUUUAUUUUUCUCUUUCUUAUGCCAUUAAGUAUUGGUAAACAGACUCAGCCGGUUACAUUUUCUCACUUUUCUGCAUUGAACAGCGCCUCUCCCGUCUUUCUUUGUAUUCUCAUCGACCCUUUGAGGAAUUCUUUCUGUGCUGACUUUUGUAGAUUCUUUAAAAAAAGACUAAACUUGCUGAUUUCCUAAUCAGUUGAUUAUUCAUUAUCAGGCAGGCUAGUGCAUCGGUAAUGCACCUUUUCUUUACAUACUCGGAAUGGUUUGCGUGUCUAAACUUGAAUUUUUAUUUUUUAUUUAUUGAUUUAUUCCUACAUAUGUGAUUAUCAGACCGAAGUCAUCCUUGAACCUUGUGUUUGUGGCUUCAGAAAAAGAUGUCUGACUGAUGUCUUGUGAUGACAAAACUGAUCUUAAAGCCUUUUUUUCCUUUUUUCAUUUCGAGGAGACUGUUGUUCAGCUGAAAUGCAUGCUUCAAACAUCAGACACUGGUUUAUUCUACCUAUUUUCUGAGUUAUUUAUAAAUGCCUGAUGUUUUGUUUUUAUGUGUUUAUUUUCUGUUUUACCAUAUUGCACAGUGGUUUUGCAAAACCAAACGGCCUUUGUUUUUUCUACCCCUGCAGAUUGCAUGAUCUUGAAGUUCUUUUUGCCAGUUUGUCCUCUUCUUCCCAUCUCAGCUGAUACAGCAGCAGUAUUACGUACACCUAAUUUAAGUGUCCCAGCAUGCAUCUUUUCAUUUACUUAAGAUACUAUCUGAUGUAUGUGUAUGUGUGUAUGUUAUGCUGGGCUACUCUGUGUAGUGCUCAUAUUUUUAUUUUGAGCAGAAAGCUUAUUUGUUCUCAUUUAAGUGACCCUUAAAUACGAUUGAGGAGGAUUUUUCUAAGUGUCCAGGAAUUUAAUUAUUAUUAUAAUUUGAUAUAUGCUUACAUUUAGGAUGGACCACCCCCCUUGUAUGUGAAAGGGUAUGUUUGAGUUCACUGAGGUCUUUUGGUUUUUGUACAAUGUUCCAGAUUGUCUUUGAGUUUGUAGUUGACAUGCUGUCAGAGGACAAAUAAUGUCGGAAUAAAUAAAUAAUUUGACCUUCAUAAGCACAUCAGCUCUUUUUUACUUGUAGUAAGAUUGCUUACAGUAACUCUAACUGGGGACGUAUAUCUCUCUUGGUGUUGCUUCAAUUAAAAUGUGGAUGAACCCAAAAUACCAUGUCAAUUACUGUUCAACCUGUGUUAAUGCAUAUUGUUGGAGAACCUGUAAAUAGUUUGCAUUGAACUUGCAUAGAUUCAUGUUACUGUGGCGUGCUCUUUUUGCCUGUACAAUUCUGCUUCUAAAUGUGUGUGACUGUUGAGACUACACUCAUUUUGUACAUGACUGUCUUUUUAUUUGAGAAUAUUAAUUCUGUCUUUUUCAUUCUAAAGUUGAGUUUAAAGAGUUCAGACAUGCCUGAAGUUUGACUUUAAUAAAGCUGUAC